UAAUGCAAUUGAUGCCGCCAUUUUUAUAUCAAAAAUAGAAGCCGGGAACCCACGCGACCGAAGAAACUGUUGAAAAAAACAAAAUAAGGAUAAGCGUAUUGAAUCAAGAUGUCAGACAAAUUAGACCUAAGUCUAGAUGACAUCAUAAAACAAAACAAAAAGAAAGGAGGCCGUGGUGGCGGUCGAGGAGGGGGUCGCGGUGGUGGUGGAGGUGGCGGCAGGUUCAACAAAAGCCCCCGCGGUGGAAGGGGUCGGGGAGGAAACCGUGGCGGCGGAGGAAGAGGGGCGUUCCGGGGCGGCAUCCAGAAGAGAAGGGCCAGCACCGGCAGAUCUCCACAAUUCAGUCGGUCCAAAGAAAUCCCAGAUGUGUGGCAGCACGAUAUGUUUGAUGGUGGAGUUGCCCCUGUAAAACGUUUUGGAGGUGGAGUAGGAGGUGGAAGUGGAGAUGGAAAGCUCCACAUCUCAAAUCUCGACUUUGGUGUGAACGACUCAGAUAUACAGGAGUUAUUUGCUGAGUUUGGUCCCCUGAAGAUGGCUGCUGUUCAUUAUGACAAGUCAGGGAGAUCUAUAGGAACAGCAGAGGUUGUGUUUGAGAGACGCCUAGAUGCACAGAAAGCUAUGACUCAGUACAAUAAUGUCCCCUUGGAUGGCAGGCCAAUGAAUAUUCAACUGAUUGGUGCCACGGAGUCAGCAACAAGUAGAAUAGGAAGGCGGGGUGGAUCUGGUGGUGGAGGCGGAGGAGGAGGUGGUGCAGGUGGAAGGUUUGGAGGUAACAGGUCUCGAGGAGGAGGAGGAGGAGGAAACAGAGGUGGGGGUAGGGGCGGAGGCAGCAGGGGAGGAAGAGGCCGAGGGGGACGCAGCAACAAAACACAAAUGACAGCAGAGGAGCUAGAUGCAGAGCUUGAUGCUUACAACUCAAAGAUGGAAACUGACUAAAGAGGAGGCAGCUGGCAUUAGACAAUUCAUCUACACUACACUACAUUAUUACUGACCAAAGACUCUGCUUUAAGAAAGUAAGAGUAUAUGAACUCCUGCAGAUACUGUGUUUGUAUGUGACGGCCAGUGAUACAUACAUAUACUCAAUACCUGUUAACAGAACAGUGUGUAUCUGACAUUCGCGGUCAGUAUUGUAACAUGCUGUAGUGUACCAGUUAUAUCAAUGUACAUGUAUUGAACAACAUGCCAUGAACUGAUGUGAUUUUUAGUAUAGGAGUUCAGCUUUGUAUUUUUAGGUAUUGUUUUAAAACUACAUGUAGGUAGGAAAAACUUUGAAUAAACUUUUAUUCUGUGAAUUUGGUUUAUAUGAAGUUAAAUUACACUUCAAUAUGCACCUCUCUUCUGGUGCUUAAAAAUAAUGAGAGAGAUUCAUGUUUGUUUUUAAAAUUUGAAUUUGAAUAUAAUGUAAUUGUAAUUGUAAUUUUUUUUAUUUUAUGGAACUAAAAAAAGUUUUUUUAUUUUUGUCUCAUAUUCAUUGACAUUUUCCUACAUCAUACAUGUCAUAAAAAUACUGUAUGUUCCGAGUUUUGUAUAUAAAUUGUCAUUCAAAAAGAA